AUGAUAUCUGCUAAUUUAAACGAAUCACUUCAAGUAAUGCUGAAAACCAAUGCUGAAUUUCUUGUUCAAAGAGGAAAAGGUAUAUUAGCUGCUGAUGAAAGUCCAUCAUCAAUUGUAAAACGAUUUAAUUCAAUUGAUGUUGAGAAUACUGCUGAACAACGUCGUAUUUAUCGGCAAUUACUUUUUACAACACCUGAUAUUCAACGAUAUAUUAGUGGAAUUAUUAUGCACGAAGAAACAUUUAAUCAAAGUAAUGAUAGUUCUAUUUCAUUUCCAAUGAUGCUUACUCAAAUUGAUAUUCUACCGGGUAUUAAACUCGAUCGAGGUCUAGAAUCAUUAACAAUAAAUACAAAUGAAACAACAACAUUAGGUUUUGAUGAUUUAGAAAAACGAUGUGAAGAUUUUUUUAAUCGUGGUGCACGAUUUGCUAAAUGGCGUUGUGUAUUUCGUAUUAAUAAAUUAAAAAAUCAACCAACAGAAGUAGCUAUUUUAAAUAAUGCUAUAGUUUUAGCUCGAUAUGCAUCGAUUUGUCAAGCUAAAGUACCUAUUGUUGAGCCUGAAGUUAUACCUGAUGGUGAUCAUAAUAUAAAUGUUUGUCAAUAUGUAACAGAAAAAGUUCUUGCUGCUACAUUUAAAGCUUUGUCUGAUUAUGAUAUUUACUUAGAAGGUUGUUUACUCAAACCGAACAUGAUUACACCAGGACAAGAAACAAAAAAGAAAGUAAAAUCAACAGAUAUUGCACUUGCUACAAUAACAGCAUUGAGUCGAACAUGUCCACCAGCUUUAGCUGGCAUUGUUUUUCUUAGCGGUGGUCAAUCUGAAGAAGAUGCAACAAUUAAUUUGAAUGAACUUAAUAAAACAUUCUAUCAAUCAAAACGUCCUUGGCCAUUAACAUUUAGUUAUGGACGAGCAUUACAAGCAUCGGCUUUAAAGGCAUGGAGUGGAAAACGAGAAAAUGAAUUAAAUGCACAACAGAGUUUUCUUAAACGAACUAUGGCUAAUGCAGCUGCGUCAAAAGGUGAAUAUGAUGGAAAAAAUACAAAUAAUGAAGCUAAAAAAAAUCUUCAUGUAGCUGGACAUAAUUAUUAA